GAUCAUAAGAUAUAAAAGAAAUAUGAUUCCUUUGACUUCGAUUAGUUCAAGUUUACUAUCAAUCUAUCAUGGACGAUUUAGAAGCAACAAGAAAUAACAUCUGCAAUGAAGAACACGUAGAAGAGCUGGACGCAUCAAAUGAUGUAAAUUUCUCAUCAGACAUUACUCUUACGUCAACUGAGACCCUAUCAUCAAUUCGAAAUCGUCAGUCUUCCUUUUCCAUUGACUCAAUUUUAUCUCAUAAAAUGCUCAGUCGACAUAAUCGGAGUAAAUUUACCUUGAAGUAUGAUCCGCUGAAUAAAAGGAAUAUUAAAAAAGAGACAUUCAGUGAAAUGCGUAAGGAAAAUACAUCUAGUGAAACGACCGAGGGACAAUGUGAAAUUGACAAAAAUAACAAUAAUGUGGAGCGAUUUUCAAACCAAGUAAGCCAAGGCUACGGAAAUGGUAGAAAUGAAAGGAGAUCUUACUCAAGGGAGCUUUUGAACUAUAGUGAAUACUUAUCGUGUAGUUGCUCGACAUGUCGAUCAAAACAACGACGACGUUAUCUCACAGAUUAUUCAAAGUCGGAUGUAAUUCGUGUUGGUUACUUUGAUAAUGAUUUUCACCGAGAUAAGCAUCUAUACAACGAAAGAAAACACGCUAGAGAGGAAGACUUUUCACAUCGCAAUCUCUCCUUCCAUUCACAAAAUGACGACGACGACGUCCGAUACAGCAAACGACGUCGAACAAUUUUUACGGCAAAUCAAUUAGAAAGGCUGGAAUAUGAAUUUCAACAACAACAAUACAUCGUUGGGCAAGAACGUCGAUUUUUAGCGAGAGAACUUGGCUUAAACGAAGUUCAAGUAAAAGUAUGGUUUCAAAAUCGUCGAAUAAAGUGGCGGAAAUUUGCGCAUGGUUAUUUUGGUGGUGAACAGGGUACUGUUAUAAGUGAAACUGACGAGAAAAAUUGAAAACAAGUUUGGAGUGACGUAGAUUUGCUUUCGAGACAAACAUCCAUACAUCGUUCCGUUUAGAGUUUCUAUAAUCAAUGUAAAUAUAAUAUAUUAAGAACAUAUAAUUUCUUAGUUUCGUAGUACAAAAUGGAUUAACUUAUUGGAAAAAAAGCUUGCUGUAAAAAAUAUAAAAAAUGGAAGUUUUAUUGUUAAAUGUAAAUAUAAUAUAUAAUAAAUAUAUUAUUUCACAGUUUCGUAGUUCCAAAUGGAUUAACUCAGUGGAAACUAAUAUUGCCGUAAA